AUGAGAGUAAUAAAACGCCAGUAUCUUAUCCUAGUCCCUCUUGCGACGCUUUUCUUCAUUUUCGGUACUCUCUACUCGGCGCACAGCUGGGCGGGUAUUCCACAACUACGAGACGGCCACUGGAAUCACAAAAUCAGGGUCGGAAACAAUCAUCAAUCGGAACAAGAACCAUACGAGCAAAGCAAGCCGCCGGAGGACACAAACUGCGCGGGCUUCCCGCAUGACCGUCUCGCUGACGUCCAGGUAGUCCUAAGAAUCGGCUCAACGCAGCCCUUCGAUCAGAUUUCCUCGCAUAUCGCGAACAUCACGAAUUGCAUCUCCGACCUUAUUAUCAUUUCGGACAAAAAAGAACAGAUUGGAGAAAGAUUUUGGUCAUACGACAUUAUUGCGGAUUUGCCCAAAGCGUAUUGGGAAGGGGUAGACAAAAAUGGCGUUGAAACUUCGGGGCUAAAAGCAUACGCAAGCAUUCAUUCUGCAGACAGCUCGUGGGAAAUGGGGAAACAUGUGGGCGACCAGCUCACACACAGAGAAGGCUGGUUGCUAGAUCGGUUUAAAUUUUUGCCUAUGGUGGAAUAUGCGUACGACACGAACCCACGGGCAAAGUGGUUUUUCUUCAUUGAAGCCGAUACAUAUAUCGUCUGGGACACGUUUUUCCGGCUUAUCGACCGUUACGACUCCGACCAGCCAUGGUAUAUGGGUUCCCCUUCGCCCGGUCGGGCUUUGGAAAAUGGUGAGAAGACGUAUUUUGCGUAUGGAGGUGAUGGCUUUAUCCUAAGCCGACCAGCCAUCCAGCGACUCCUGCAGAGAGACACGGUCGUCAUCGGACCAGAAAAUAUCACUCGCACCGAGCCCUCUCUUACGGAGAAAUGGGCGGAUCUCGUCAAAAGCGACUGCUGUGGUGAUUCUGUGCUGGGCUUUGCCCUAGCGAACAAGGGAAUAUUCCUUUCCGGCUUGUACCCAUUGUUCAACCCCCAUGCGUUGCAUGGGAUUCCAUUUGGCCCUAGUGGGAAGCCUUACUGGUGUCAACCGGUGCUCAGUAUGCAUAAGACAUGGCCAGGCGAUGUGCCUAUGUUGUCCCAGUUUUUGAAGGAACGAUCAAAUGAGGUCGGUUGCAUGUUCUUUCCCCCCUCUUUUCUUGUCGAGACAAUGUCACAGCGAAACUAA